AUGGCAGGGGCAAUCUGUGGUUGCUUCAUCACCCCUGCCUGCUUCACCAUCGUCAACAUGGCCUAUGAGAUCCCGUCCGAGGAUGGAGCGCUGCCGGCACCUCCUGCCUCUACCUCGUUCUCAGUAGGCAGCUGCAACACACCAUUAGCGUACGCUCCUCCCCGCCACCUACAGGGCAUCUACGGUCCAAUUUAUCGCAUCACGCUCGUCAUCAACACCAUCCACAAGAUCCUCGACCUCUGCGGCUGCCGUGAGACGAUGCCGAUCCUCACCACCCUCAUACCGCUGCCGAUGGCGAGCGGCAUUGGCUUCUUGAUCCCCGCGAGCUGCUCGUUGGAGAUGUGCAUCGGCGGCACGCUCGCGCUCUACUGGGAGACGUUCAGCCCGGAGUUGGGCAAGAUGAAGAACUUCAUCGCGGCGGGCUUCAUCGCAGGCGGCGGCGUCACCGGACUCACGCAAGUGGUCAUUGCACUCAGCGGCGGGGCACCCCCGAUGACGGUGUCGUUUGGCGCAAGCUGA